UAAAGUCAAUUUUAUCAAUUAUUUUUUGUAUAAAUUAAUUUCUUAAUUUUGUGCUUAAAAUAUACAGUUAACUUUUCGACGGUUUCCUGUAUAAUAGUUCAUUUUAGCCAUUAUGGUGCCUUCAUCAAUACAAUGGACAAUGACUCCUUCGGUUAAUAUUUUAGUUUAUCCGAUAUCGAGAUACGUAAUAUCGCCGGUCAUUAAGUCUCCCGGAACAACCAUCAGACGCCGCAGCCAACGCCAUACAUCGACGUCCGGCCGGACUUCCUUCAACGUUCGUCGCUGCAGUGAAUCUCGCGCCCGUCGUAGUCUCUCCGACAACUGCGGUAACCGUCAGCAUCGCCGAUCGCAAAAAUACCGUCGCCUGCAGACGUAUCCCCCGAAACGAUCUCCCUAUCGUCGGCGAAACGGCUGCAGUAAGUCACGGUAUGAUAAGCGCAGUGGAUCCCGGGACACGUACAGCAGCGGUCUGCGGUCUGUGACCCAUCACCGAGACAAACAAGCGCCACAGGACCGGAAACAGGAGCAAGACAAGGACGUAGACGUAGAGUCUGACGAGGAUGAGGAAGAUAAGGAGUUGGAGGCGGAGGUGGAGGUAGAGGACUGCGACUACGAUGGCGAUGACGACAACAUCAACGAUGACGACGACUACGACGAAGACGAUGACGAUGACGACGACGACGACAACGACCAAGUCGUAGACGACGGAUAUGAGUACGAAGAGCAACUGGAGUUUGGGAAAGAAGAACAUAAACGGUCGGACGACGCCACUAUUACAUACGGCUGGGGACCGCAGCCACCGGUCGGCGAGACGCAAAGUCGUGUCAUGCGACGUUCCGCCAACAUUGUAUUGCUGGCUCACGGCAACCGUUCAUUGUACGUGCUCACGAUCCAACGAAACCAGGUGACCUCAGUCAGCUUUUCCUCCGAUCGUUACAGAAACCGUUGUUCAUCGUCUACCACCGUCAUCAGUUACAAGCUACCAGGCGGACAAUUCAUUCUGACUGAUGAUGAGCAACAUAACUGCCAAGGUGGCAGAAAUAUUUUAUGUACUUGUCCCGACGAUCAACAGUGGUAUUCGGCAGCAAUCAACCAUUUCAUGACAAACUUCACGACUCGCGGCCCGACGACUUCGGCGACGACGGGACAAGCCGUCGGCGACCGCCCGCAGUUCAUGCCGCUGGGCAAUUGGUAUCGGACGCAGCAAGACAACGACUCCGAAACCAUCUUGGCGUCCGGCGGCGUAAAGUACGACCACCACUGGCGGGGCAACUGCAACUAUUACCCGUACAAGCCGGCGCACGUCAGCCGCCAGUUGGCCGGCCACAAGCGCGUGUACGCCGUUCCGGACGCUUGCUGCCUGUUCCCGGGCGAGGAACACACAUUCCAGCUGAAGACGCCGCACGCCAAGACGAAAACGGCCACCACCAAGACCAAAACCACCACCGUCACCGUUACCACUACGUACAAGUGCAAGUUCGUCCCGCUGGCGCGGCUCCACGAAAACAGCCGUCUGUACGGACCGAUCUUGUCGUCGCUGCCGGCCGUUUUGUCUGGUAUGAACUUGAUUUGCUCACCCUGAGUCCGACAUCGUCGUUUAACCAUCGCAUCAUUACGGAACAAAAUAGAAUGAUAGCAUUCAUUUUUGUCCGUCAACGAAUACCCAUAUCUAAUUGUUUUAAUAUGUUUAGUUUGAUACACUCAUGUACGGCCACUAAUAAUGGUACCUGUUGCU